GAAAUUUCUUUAUGCAUCGUCAUGGCUCUCUUUGAAAUUUGCGGAAUUAAUUCUCGUUCAAACUUCAAAACCACUGAACACGACGAGUUAGAAGAUGUAUUGUCGUCGUUUAAAACUAUUGGGAAUCCUUGUCAACUAGCUUUGCCACCAUUGAGUUGUCCUAGUAACACCUACAGUAAGAACCCUGUUGAUGAGCAUGGCAGAGAAAUGAAGAUAAACUAUGACCAUGGUACCACAACACUAGGGUUCAAAUAUCAAGGAGGAAUUGUUCUUGCUGUAGAUUCUCGAGCAACUGGGGGGCAGUACAUCGGAUCUGGAUCAGUGAAAAAAAUCAUUGAAAUCAAUGACUUUUUGCUUGGAACAAUGGCUGGUGGUGCUGCUGAUUGUACUUAUUGGGAACGUGUUCUUUCAAAACAGUGCAGACUUUAUGAACUUCGUAACAAAGAACGCAUUUCUGUUGCCGCUGCAUCGAAACUGCUCGUUAACAUGGUGUACAACUACAAAGGCAUGGGACUUAGCAUGGGAGUUAUGAUUGCAGGAUGGGAUAAAAAGGGCCCUGGUUUGUAUUACGUUGAUAAUGAUGGAACAAGGACCCCAGGGCAGGUCUUUUCUGUUGGAUCUGGAUCUCUAUAUGCAUAUGGUGUGCUUGACUCUGGCUACAAACCUGACCUAACUGAUGAAGAAGCUUAUGAAUUGGGUCGUAGGGCCAUCUAUCACGCAACUUAUCGUGAUGCAAGCAGUGGUGGCAUCAUUCGAGUCUAUCACAUUAAGAGCACCGGAUGGGUCAAGAUAUCCGAACAAGAUUGUACGGAGCUUCAUUAUCAGUACGAAGAAGCUGAGAGAACUUCAAAAUAACUUGUAACGUCAUGCAAUCUGGACGACACAAUAAAAUUCACUUUCGAAUCC